GCGGCGGCCAUGGCGGGCAACUUCGACUCGGAGGAGCGGAGCAGCUGGUACUGGGGCCGCCUGAGCCGGCAGGAGGCGGUGGCGCUGCUGCAGGGCCAGCGGCACGGGGUGUUCCUGGUGCGGGACUCGAGCACCAGCCCCGGGGACUAUGUGCUCAGCGUGUCGGAGAACUCGCGCGUCUCGCACUACAUCAUCAACAGCAGCGGCCCGCGCCCGCCCGUGCCGCCCUCGCCCGCCCAGCCGCCGCCCGGAGUGAGCCCCUCCAGACUCCGAAUAGGCGAUCAAGAGUUUGAUUCAUUGCCUGCUUUACUGGAAUUCUACAAAAUACACUAUUUGGACACUACAACAUUGAUAGAACCAGUUCCUAGAUCCAGGCAGGGUAGUGGAGUAAUUCUCAGGUCAGAGGAGGAAGAGUAUGUACGAGCCCUCUUUGACUUUAAUGGGAAUGAUGAAGAAGAUCUUCCCUUUAAGAAAGGAGACAUCCUGAAAAUCCGGGAUAAGCCUGAAGAGCAGUGGUGGAAUGCAGAGGACAGCGAAGGCAAGAGGGGGAUGAUUCCAGUCCCUUACGUGGAGAAGUUUAGACCUGUCUCCGCCUCAGUAUCGGCUCUGAUUGGAGGUAACCAGGAGGGUUCCCACCCACAGCCACUGGGUGGGCCGGAGCCUGGGCCCUAUGCCCAACCCAGCGUCAACACUCCGCUCCCUAACCUCCAGAAUGGGCCCAUUUAUGCCAGGGUAAUCCAGAAGCGAGUCCCUAAUGCCUACGACAAGACAGCCUUGGCUUUGGAGGUCGGUGAGCUGGUAAAGGUUACGAAGAUUAAUGUGAGUGGUCAGUGGGAAGGGGAGUGUAAUGGCAAAAGAGGGUCAUUCCCAUUCACACAUGUCCGUCUGCUGGAUCAACAGAAUCCCGAUGAGGACUUCAGCUGAGUAUUAGCUCAACAGUUUGGCUAUCAGAUGGGAACAAUCUUUUUUCCCCCUAAUUGCCAUCUAUACAGUUUUCUUACAGAUGUCAAAGCAGUUUAGUUUAUAUAUAAGUAUUCUGUUACCUGUGGUCUUUUUCAGACUGAACUAUUCCAUCCCUAGUCUCAUUACCAUGUUUAGGGUACGAAACUGGAGGGCUUGUGUGUUCAUUUCUGAAUUGGGCAAUAUUAGGUGAGCUGGUGGUAUAUUACCUGAGUGUAACAGGCCGUACAGUUCAGGUUACAGAAGACUGAUGAACAGAAGAGUAAUGUUGCAUACUGCUUGCCUGAUUUAUUCAGUGGUUUUGCUUUCAUUCUGAACCAUACUGUCAAAUGGUAAUAGAUUGUUCCUUUCUUUUUUCCAUGAAGUAAUCAUGUACCACGUGAAUAGUACCCAGUGGAACUUCUUUUUCAUUUACAAAACAUGACUAUUGUCUGACUCAUUUGACCGUUCAAUCCUGAGAUUCUUGAGGACACUACUAGAGGCAUUUGCCUACCUUUUAGACAAUGCUUCAUACUUUUUUCUUAGGAUUGUUCCAGCCCUUGUCAUUUCUUUUCCCCCAAAGUUUUAGGUUAACUCUUAAGAUGAGUUUUAAUUCCAGAUGACAAGUGGGAUAUGCAGAGCACUUUAUUCAGUGCAUAGCUUUAAGGCAGUAUUUGCAUUCACUGAGUGGACAGCAACACUCCCAGCUUCUGCCUACCCUACAGGGUCCAUAAUAGGUUCAUACUGUUACUGCAUCUAUAUAGACCCCUGACUAAUGGAAUAGACACCUGGCUAAUGGAAUUCAAUGGGGCCAUUUCUCCUGAGUGCCAUAUUCCUUUUGAGGGGAUUCUUUGGGAAUUCUUAGCUUCUACUUGGAGUGGAUUGACCAAUUAUUUAGAUAUAUUCCAUAGAAGGUAUGGGGGCCAAAUUACGUUCUUUAUGUGCAACUUGUAUAAAAGCCAAGAUAAAAUUACAUGAAUUUGAAUAGAAAAUUAAGAGAGAGGGCCCGGAGAGAUAGCACAGCGGCGUUUGCCUUGCAAGCAGCCGAUCCAGGACCAAAGGUGGUUGGUUCGAAUCCCGGUGUCCCAUAUGGUCCCCCGUGCCUGCCAGGAGCUAUUUCUGAGCAGACAGCCAGGAGUAACCCCUGAGCACCGCUGGGUGUGGCCAAAAAAAAAAAAAAAAAAAAAAAGAGAGAGAAA